AUAUCAGUUUCUUCCAGUCGCCUGACUUACCAGAUAAAAGAAAUGGAUGGAGCAGAGGAGCUAAGUGAAGAUUAUUGGCCUUUCGAAUCCAAAAAAUCUCCGGAGAAAAAUCUUUCUCAAUCGUUGAAAAAUGUCAAUAUCUCCAUGCUUGGAGUUUCCGGCAUGGGUGGAGUGGGGAAGAAUAUUUUUUCUGAAAAGGUUGAUCGGAGAGUUAUUGAAUACCUCUUCAAGGUUUUUGUAGAGGUUUCAGAAACUCCAGAUCUAAAAGGGAUUCUAAGAGUUAGAGUACUCUUAAUUUCAGAUGAUGUUUGGAAUGAUCUAGAUCUGAAGACUCUUAGAAUUUCUUCUAUAGUUUGGAGCCUUUUCAGGAAAACUCCAGGUAUACAUUUAAUAUUAAAUGUAUGCAAGGAAUGUGGAGGGUUAUCUAUUGUCAUUUGCACAAUAGCAAGGGCAUUAAAGAACAAGACAAACUGGAUUGAAUAACAAGUUGCCCUGCAAGAAUUGAGAAUGCCUUCACCAACAAAAUUCAUAAUCUUACCAGAAGAUUAUGAAAUCAAAAACAUAUUUGAACAUCUAGUCUAAUGAAAAAUGAUCUAUUUUGGACUCGUUCAAGUAUAUUGUGUGUAUGGAUAUACUUGAAGGAGUUAACCUUACAAUAGAGUAAGCACGAAAUAGACUAGAUAAAAUGGUUGUGAACUCAAAGACUCUUGAUUGGUAUUCGACAAUAUAAAUGAGAUAAAGUGGUGGGUGAACUCAAAGAUUAUUGUUUGUUACUCAAUGAAACAAACUAGGGAAAGUGGUUCAUGAGCUCAACGACUCUUGAUUGUGACUUACAGUUCUAUUAGUUAACAAUAUUCUAUCCAUGAUGUUGCACAUGAUGUUAUGAUAACAAUUAGCUUUCAGCCUUAUGGUUAGGAGGCUCCUUAAACUUUCCACAUAAUAGGUGAUGUGAAAGUUGAAAGUCUUAAAUUUGUUGAUGAUGUUGCUACCAUUGUUGCUGCUGUUGUUUGGCCUCUUGAUAAACCUCAAAUAUCGGGUUUAGAUUAUAGCAGGAAUGGAAAAUGCUGCUAUUAUUAGAGAACUGAAGAAAAUAAAAGCCCUCGGCAAGGCGUCCAGGUAUCACUUGAUUGAUUCAACUAAGGUGGUUAGACCCUAACAAAUGGGAGCAAUUUGAAGUUAUUGCUUCAUCCGUAAAAUCAAGCUUAUUUUGAAAUAAGUGUACAAGGGGAAGCUCUAUUGAAUGGAAAUGUAUUGUCAAAUGGUAUGCUCUGUUAAGAUUCACAUUUUUGUUGAUCCAUUUCCUUAUUUGUUAUAAAUGGGCAUUUGUUAUGUUCUCUAUUUGAAUCUUUUAUAUUUCUGUGAUAGAAAUGUUUUGUUGAAUUUUAUCAAUAAUGGUGUGUGAUUUCAUCUCUA